AUGAAUCCGCUUCUUCUGACUCUUUUUCUUGCAAGCCUGCAGCUCUACAACAACGCAGUCACUUCAGCUGCAGGCUUUAAAUGUCAAAACUCGCUAAUUUCUGACCAAUGGAGGAAGGGAAUCCUGGAACUUAUCAAUGGUUUUCGUCGAACAGUAGCGAAAGGAGAACAACUAGGUAAAGACGACAAGAAAUUGCCAACGGCUAAGAAAAUGAAUCAACUGUCAUGGGAUUGCAAUAUAGAAGCAGAAGCACAGGCUGCUGCUAAGACUUGCCCUACUUCAUUGACAACUGCACAAUUACCCGCGUUCCAAGACACCGCCUAUAAACUCGGCUAUAUAACUGCGACGGGCACAAUUAAAGCUAACAGUUGUGACGCUACCAAAACAGCAAAAGAUUUGUUGACUCAACAAUGGAACACCGCAGUUGCAAACCAGGAGGAUGAGAAAGUAGCGAGGGAUGCUAAAGCGUUUGCUCAGCUUGCCCACGACGAAGUGAGUGCAUUCGCAUGCACAUACCAAAUUUGCCAACCGACAAGCUACUAUCUCCUAUGUUUCUUCAACCAGAAAGCUCCCACCAAAGACGAUGUCUAUACGGCAGAUGCGAAGGGUAAAUACUGCAGUAAUGCGACCUGCACUUGCGUGGAUGGACUUUGCGAAAGAACUCCUAAACCAGCACUCUUCAAGAGCACAUUUUGCGGUACUGGUAAGGAUGCCUGUACAGGCAAGUUUUCGGACAAUUUUAGACGUACUGCACUGGAAAUGCACAACUACUACAGACGUCUUCUUGCUACAGGAUGGGCGAAAUCUGGCGACAACUAUGCAAAACCAGCUACAAAAAUGAUUGAAUUGCAAUAUGACAAGACUCUCGAAGACGCUGCUAUAAAGGAGAUUAAAGACUGCAAAGCUAAUCUAAACAAUGCAGUCGAAAAAAACUUCUGGAGCUUGGAUGUCACCACAUCCAAGAAUAUUGGUGAAGACGCCAUAAAAAAGGCAGUGGCUAAAUGGUGGAAGCCUUCUGGAAACCAAGCUUUUGGAGGCAACCGCAAAAAUACCAACGGUCUCAUGUCUGCCGCAAACAUAGCAUAUGAUGAAGCCACCAAGGUCGGCUGUGCUAUAGAUGCUGGAGCAGCUUGCCUGAAACUCGGAAAGUUAUAUAUUAUGUGCAAAUAUGACAAGUCACCUGCUAUAGGUGAAGAGAUCUACGAAGCUGGAAAUAAGGCGUGUUCGAAGUGCGGUACUACCGGUACGAACCCGUCGUGCUCCCCGUUGGGUGGAUUGUGCGUUUAA